CGAACAGGAGCCAUCGAGCACUCCCCCCAACUCUCAGCCCGCUGUGAUGCUGAGCAGUUCACCCGUUAAUGCGCCAGCUCCCGAGACCGCAGCCCAGUCUUCUCCAGCUCGCUCUCCUCCUGCUACGGUUGCUGACACGUCCAUGCCCGUCGAUUUGACGGAUGACUAGACUUAGAAUUUUUUUUGUUUUGUUCUUUUGUAUUUUUGUUUCUUUUCACAAACAAUUGUAUUGCUAUCUCGUACCGAAAUGUGUAAUUGUUUUUGAAAAGAAAUACAAAAUUGAAAAUUAU